AUGCCUGUGUUCUCCAUUCCAAUGGUAUUCACUGACAGUAGUGACCUCAACACCACCGCCGCCUCCAUCACCGCUUCAACAAAUUCAAAUAAUAAUAUCAUUGCCUUAUCAGCAGCGACAGAAGCAGAAACAAAUAUUAACAAUCCUAACUCCCUUCUUAGUACGACGUCUAACACGUUGGUUCAAGAGACAUUAAAGCAAGAACAAUUGAUAAAAAAAAGAAGGCAACGUUUGUCGUUGGCUACUGAAUUAUCGGCGGUUAGACUAUUUCCUACAGCUACCUGUUCCCUUUAUUCCGGUUCAAAGUUUCGUGGUGAACAGCGAAGUGGAAAAAGCAGUUACGAGGUCGCGGUGCAUAUUCAGCAUGUUGAUCUCGCUGAAUCUUUUCUCUGCGGAUAUCUUCACAUAAAAGGCUUAACAGAAGAUUAUCCGGAGCUCACUACUUUCUUUGAGGCCGAGAUCAUUGGUAGAAAGUAUUCCUUUCUAACGAAGAAAUGGGACGCGAAUGAGAAGAUAGACAAUCAGCAUUGGACAAAAUUUCCAGCAUAUAAACCAAUUCAGAAAUAUAUGAAAAAAGAUAACUUCACCUAUGACUUUCACAACAAAGAUUUCAUGUUCAUGCGAUGGAAAGAACAUUUUUUGGUGCCUGACCAUCGUGUGAAAACGAUUAGUGGUGCAAGUUUUGCUGGAUUCUAUUAUAUCUGUUAUCAAUUGAGCACGGGCAUUAUUACAGGUUUUUACUUUCAUAAAAACUCAGAAUGGUUUCAAGAAUUAAAAUUACAACAUACACCAGAAAAUUCUUUCCCAUCAUUUGAAUUUCGAUGA